UUAUAAUUUAUUUUAAUAUAAUUUAAAAUAUCACCUGAUAUUCAUUAGAUAUAUACUGGUCCAAUAAAGGUACUCUACUAAAAUUGAUGAUUGUUAUAAGGUACUCUAGCAUAUAUGUAUGUCCACUAUAUAUAUAGCUCAGUAAGUCAUCGACUAUAGUGUCUCUUCCAACUUAAAGAUUUUGAGCAAAAGGCUGUUCUUACUGCAUAGGUACCCUUUCUUCUCUUCCCAUCUCUUAAUUUUUAGUUCUUCAAUUUUCCACAGAUCUUCUAUUAAUUAACUCAUUCAUAUUCACAUAUAUCUAAUAAUUAAUCUCUUAAUUAAUUAGGCCAUUAACUAUACAUAUCAUACGUAAUCUUGAAUUAAUCUUCUUUUUAAUAAUUUUCUCAAGAAAGGUCAUUACGCAUUCUUAUUUGUUUUCGCCUCUAUCAGUUGACACAAGUAAAUUUUUGUUAUUUCUUAGUAAAGUCUGCAAUCCUAUUGUUACACACUUGGCCAUCCUUCUUCCUCAGCAAAGCUCUUAUUUGAAGAUCAAAACUUGGUUCUUGCCAUUUAUUGUCGGUUUAGAUUAUUUGUGUUGUACUCUCCAUUUGAAUAUCAGGUUGCUGUCAUUUAUUGUCGGUUUAGAUUAUUCGUGCCGUACUCUCCAUUUGAAUAUCAGAUGCCGACUCUACACCAAUCAGUUGAUGACAUCACUCCAACCACAGUUGGAUUGAAAAUAAAAAUGACAGUUCUACAAAAAUUUCCACCACGAACAAGCAUGAGUUCACCAGUCCGAUAUCAGAAGCUGUAUUUAUCUGAUCCAAAGGGGACGAGAGUAGAUGCAGUAAUUUUCGCAGACGAUAUUGAAGCUUUGGAGGACACUUUGCAUGAGUUACACACCUACCACAUCAGUGAUGCCCGUGUCAACAGAAUCCCUGCCAGAUACCUUAAAAAUGGCACAAAUUACCAUUUUAGCUGGACGCUGAACUCAAAAACACAAGUUGUUGAAGUCCAAGAAGAAGACAAACAAAUUUCUAAGUCAGUCCAUGAGUUCGUUUCGUUUAAGAACUUGUCAUCUGACAAAUACUCCAACACACCACAAGAUAUCAUAGGAGUAGCUGUCAAAAUAAAUCCAACAAAAGUGGUGAACACCAUACAAGAAAUUUAUCUAAUCGAUGACAGUUGUAGCUUCCACCCGAUAUGUUUAACUCUGUGGGGUGCUUUGGUACAAGAUAUUAGUGAAAAUUUGUCUGAAGUUACUGGAAACAACCCAAUAAUAAUGGGAACAAAGAUGAUUGUUCAAACUAAGAGAGGACUGUCGUUGUCAAGCCGUGAAUCAAGUACAAUCGAAAUCAAUCUUGACAAUUAUGAAGCAACUACUCUUCAUCAAUGGGCUGAAAAUAACAAAGCAGACAUAAAUAAUAUUAUUAUUCAAGCACCUACAUAUCAGUAUUCUCCAAAUUCAUCUGCUGCAAAACGAGAAUAUGUUAAGAACAACGAAGUUACCGAUUUGGUAAAGCAAUUAAAACCAACUCAGAAAGCAUAUUAUUGGAUUGAAGCUGAAAUCAUAUUAAAAAAUAUCAACCAAGAUUUUUAUUACAUGUCGUGUGAUUUUUGUAAUAAGAAACUUAUGCUCUACAACGACAACGAAGAAACAGAUUGUGAAAAUUCAAAAUGCGGAAAAAGAUGUUUUCCUACACCACGUGCAAGGACAUAUGUACAACUCGACGAUGGUACAGAGUUACUAGAUGCUGUGAUGUUCGGUGAUGUUGCAGAAAACAUAUUCUCAUGUACUGCAGUUCAAUUAAGAUCAUAUUCGGACGAGAAACAUAAGUUGUUUGUCCAAAAAACUACGAAGCAAUUAUCAGCCAAAAAAUGGAGAAUUCAGUUGUACGUAGAUGCAAACCGAACAAUGACUUCAAAGUACAAUCAGUUCACCAUUCAAGCAGUUGAACCAAUGGAAGAUUAGGAAGAAGUUACCUUUUUUUUUUUUUUAACAGUAAUUUUAUUUUAUUUAGUGUUGAGACUUUUCUUGCUGCUGAGCUUGUUUUUCUUUCUCUUGACUUGUUAUUUAUGGAUUUACAUGGAGUAGUGUAUGCAAGUAUUUCAUAUACCCAAUUUUCUAAAAGUAAAUAAUAAGUAUUAUUUUAUUA